AGGGUGUGACAUUCUGUAAAUGGGUGAAUGAGAUGCAAAAAGUAAUGUAUUUGAAAGUCAGUAAUUUAACCCUUUGUGUCACAUUAAGAGAUAUCUUGAAUCAGAACACACACCCACACACACAGCUCUUGCUAAUUAUCAUAAUGACAGCAAUUAAAGGGCUUAUCAAAAGGUUAAUCAAAGUGAUAUACAACGAAUCAAAGUCCAACGUACUAGACAAAAGUUGUGUCUUGCAGCCCUCUGAGCUGCAGUCAGACGCCCUGGAGAGAUGCAAGAUGUUUCUCCUCUCAGUGACAAACCACUUUGUGAUACAUGCGUGGAGCAUUGCCCUGGCUGUCAUCAGUCAGGUGACCUCUGACAUCUUCUUUGUUCUGGCCAUGGACGACAGUGUGCCCAAUGCUCUGUUUCAGACCUCAUCCAGGGAUGUGUCCGAGACCUUCGCCCUAGAGGUGACUAUGGACUGGUGGUCAGAAACUUACUGGAUCGUGGUUGACCUUUGGUCAAAGGCUUGGCUUGUGGAAGCAGUGGUCAGACUUUUUAAAAGAAAUGUCCUCGGUCCUCAGUCUUGCAAUCCAGAAAUCCACCCUCCAGUAUUUUACCUCCUGUGGACCAUCAUUCAUUUUACAAGAAUAUGCAGCAUGUCUCUGUGGGACAGACACGAUAUAGUUGGAGUUGUCGUGCUCAGAUGGAGUCUACCAGUCCUCAGCUUCUACAUGCUCUACAUGUCCUACUCUAUCCUCCACAAACACAAAGCCUGGCUGGCCAUUAACAACCCUAGUGGGAUCUUGUGGACACGAUACCUGACCCAGAACGGGCUGGCAGUGUUUGCUUGGUGGUCUCUCUUAAACGCCGUGGUGGGUCUUGGCAUAGUGCUCAAGUACAAAGCAGGUGUGCCAGACCCACUGGCUAGCACCAUCGUGCUCACCAUCGUCUCCUUGUGCACUAUAACCUGGUUCAUUCUUGAGAACUUCCUGUUAAGGAGGUACUUGUGCUGUACGUUCAGCGUUUACCCCAUUCUCAUUCUGGGCUUGGGGACAAUGUUCACCAGAAGCUAUCGUGUCCAUGACCUCUCUGCAAACACAAUCUACUGCGGGUUUCUCAUGCUCCUGAUGACCAUCAUGAGUCUGAUCCAUUUGAUCUCCGCAUGUCUGUACACGGAUGAGUCAGGAAAGCCUCUUGCAAUGGAGCCCUGCCUGAAAGCUGAGGGAUGUAAGACGGUGUGCCAACCAGAAGGGAAGAUCAAGCAAAUCUUUCAGCACUAACAUCACCAAGAACCCUCUCAAAAAUCAAGAUGGAUCCGGUGAAAAAAACCCACAAUCAAUUAAAUGAAUUCAUGUAUCAAAGAUUUAAAAAUGUAUUUCACAACAAGAGGACCUUGGGACGUAAUUACCACAUCGGAUUGUGAAUGUGUUUGCAAGUGUACACGUUACAUUAAAAACCAAAAGGGGGCAGCAAAUACUCACUUCACACUGAGAGUGUUACGUGACAAAAGAUAACCCUGCAGCACCAGUAGAUGACGCAGUGGUUCAAGCAUUCAUAUGGAAAAUCCAGCAUUAAAACAAUUCUAUAUGAAAACUACUCAAAUCAUAUUAUUGAACAGCAGAUAUUUCAAAACUGAAUCUCAUCCAUUAAAAAAAAAAAAAUCCAAAAUGAC